GCUGCUAAGAUAAUACCGCAGCACAAAGUUUUCAAAACCACAGUGCAAAAGUCCAGGAAAUCAUGACUAGUCCAGAAGUUUACAGUGCAAAUGACAACGUAAUGAAACAUAAUGUAGAGUAUAUACUCGAAGAAUUUGCCGAGAAUCUAACAAAUAUAUGUGGAAAGUGUAUGGACGUUGGUUGCGGUCCUGGAGAUAUAACAAAGAACUUAUUGUUACCGGCUCUUGGCUCAGAUGCACAAAUAAUUGGUACGGAUAUUUCGGAGAAAAUGAUUAAAUAUGCAAAUGUAACAUCCAGUGAUGAAAAACGUGUCCAAUUCGAAGUACUGGAUAUUGAAACUAAAAAUUUACCUAAAAAAUAUAUUACUGAAUUUAAGCAUGUAUUUUCGUUUCACGCUUUGCAUUAUUGCUAUGAUAUUAGACAAGCCUUUAAGAAUAUUUAUCAAAUAUUACGACCCAAUGGAACUGCACUUUUAUAUAUAGUAGCCUCUGAUGAUUUGUUUGAAGUUCUUAGAAUUUUAGCGCAAGACGUUCGCUUUGAACAAUAUAUACCAGAUAAGAUAAAAAACAUUGGGCCGUAUCAUAAUUCAAAUAAUGCUCGCAAAGAGUUGAAAGAAUUACUUCAAAGCGUCGGAUUUACAGUUCACCAUUGUAGCCUUCGGGAGAGGAGCCAUUCCGAGAAAAAAUCAGAACUGUUUUUGAAAUCAAUAUUAUCCAUUUUGCCAUUUUUUGAAGACAUGCCAAAUGAUGUAAUAGAAAAGUUCAAAAAAGUAUUAAUAUAUGAAUACUUGAAGAGAAAAAUUAACUAUAAAUCAAUAGAUAAUGAGGAAUUUACAUUAGAUCUAUAUACAGCGUUAGUGGUUCAUGCGCAGAAGAUUGUGUAACAAUUGUAUAAACAUGUAUACAAUCAUAGAAACAUAGUAACACAUUUGAAUUAGAUAGCACUAUCACUAAUAUUAACAAAUGUUUAUAAUAUUGUGGGACAGAGGAUAGCAUAGCGGCGAUAACAGAAGAUACGAGUAACGAGAGACUUCACUUCGUUCCGAAUCAACUUCUCUAGAACUUACAUUAGAUCUAUAUAAAGUGUUAAUAGUUUAUGCGCAGAAGAUAUAACAAUUGCAUAAACGUGUAUACAAUCAUAGAAACAUAGUAAUACAUUUGGUAGACAGAACUAACACUUAUAUUAACAAUUGUUUAUAAUAAUAAUAAUAAAUACCAUACUAUAUAGAUAUACUAUAAUAUAAAAUAAUUAAUAGUCAAUAAUAAUUUCUUAACAUACAUCUUUAUCUGUACUGAUAUACGUGUAUCAAGUCAAAUUUUAAAAUAUAUAACUUUAAACAAUA